UCACAAUUUCAUAUCCUCUCGUUCUCUCUCUCCGUGGGAUAUGGCAAAUCAAUUAAAUCAAUUGGGGAGUCGUUGACCCGGCGGUGUGGCCUUCACACCUUUCAAAGCCAACACAAUUAGCUAGCUCUCGCUGUGCCUCAUGGUUUCAGCAUACUUGCAUUUCAUUGUCACCGUCGUCGUCUUCAGCUCUCUUUCUCUCUACCUCUGCGCGCAGCCCUUCAGCUCGUACGGUCACUUGCCCCAUGAAUCCAGCUCUUCUGAUGAACAUGAUGACCUUCUUCUCAAGAUCACUUCUAUCUUUACUCCUCAUUAUUUGCGCGAUAUCCAUUUUCUUUCCAGUUUCUGUAUCUGCAGCCAGCCUCGCAGCCGAUGAAGUGGAAGUUCUGAAGCAAAUUGGCAAGACUUUGGGGAAGGAGGAUUGGGAUUUCAGUGUGGAUCCAUGCGGUGGAGAGAAGGGCUGGGCCACCCUAAACCCAAGCAAAGGGUUUGAGAAUGCAGUCACCUGUGAUUGCUCCUUCUCCGACAACACCGUUUGCCAUGUCACUAGCAUAGUUCUCAAAUCCCAGAAUCUUAACGGGACGCUCCCAACAGAAUUGGUCAAUCUCCCUUACCUCCAAGAAAUUGAUCUUAGCCGAAACUACAUUAACGGUACUAUCCCUCUAGAAUGGGGCACCACGCAACUAAUAAACAUCUCCCUCAUUGUAAACCGGCUAACCGGUCCAAUCCCAAAAGAACUUGGAAACAUCAGCACGCUUGCCAAUCUAACUGUGGAGUUCAAUCAGUUGUCAGGUCUUAUUCCUCCAGAGAUUGGGGAUCUUUCUCGCUUAGAGAAACUACAUUUGAGUUCAAACAAUUUUACGGGGGAGCUGCCCGAAACACUCUCAAAGCUGACCAACUUGAAGGACAUUCGGCUUAGCGACAACCACUUCACUGGAAAGAUACCCAAUUUCAUCCAGAGCUGGACAAAUCUUCAAAAAAUAGUGAUGCACGCGAGUGGUUUGGAAGGUCCAAUUCCUCCUGGCAUUGCUCUUUUGACCAAAAUGUCUGACUUGAGAAUCAGUGACUUAAAUGGAACCCAAGCACCUUUUCCACCCCUAAAUAAUAUGACAAGCCUGAAGUAUCUUAUAUUGCGGAAUUGCAAUCUUAAUGGAUCUUUACCUGAAUAUCUUGGGGCAGUGACAAGUUUGAAGACUUUAGACCUGAGCUUCAACAAGUUGAGUGGAGAAAUUCCAAGCAGCUUUAGUAGUCUGGCAGAUACAGAUUACAUCUUCUUAACUGGGAACUUACUAAGUGGACCUGUGCCUGAUUGGAUCCUGAAAAAAUCAGAGAAUGUUGAUCUUUCAUUUAACAACUUUACCCCGGGCUCCCAAGGUUGUCAGGAGAGUGAAGUGAACUUGUUUGGUAGCUCUUUGAAUGGUAGCACUGGAAUUUCAUCCUGCUUGACAAGCACUCAUUGUAGUCGAACUUGGUAUUCCUUCCGCAUAAACUGUGGUGGCAAAGAAGUAAAUGUUGGCAGUGGCACCAAAUAUGAAGCUGAUACUACAACCCUGGGUACGAGUUUGAUGUUCGUUGAAAGUAAUAGUAACUGGGCAUUUAGUAGCACAGGUGACUUCAUGGAUGAUGGUGGCAGUUUAAAGUCCUUUAUUCAGAAAAAUACUUCAAUCCUUUCUGUGAAGGAUCCAGAAUUGUACAUGGAUGCACGAAUUUCCCCCCUAUCUCUGGUCUAUUACGGGUUCUGCCUGAAGAAUGAAAACUACAAAGUGAACCUUCAUUUUGCAGAAAUCAUGUUUACUGAUGACAAGACAUAUAGCAGCCUUGGAAGGCGUGUAUUUGAUAUUUACAUUCAGGGAAAGUUGGUGGAAAAAGAUUUCAACAUUGUGGAUAAAGCGGGUGGGGCUGGUAGGAGUAUCACAAUGACAUACGAUGCAAUUGUGACCAAUGGCACACUGGAAAUCCGCUUUUAUUGGGCUGGACGAGGGACAACUGCUGUCCCUGUUAGAGGAGUAUAUGGUCCUCUUAUUUCAGCUAUAUCCGUGGAUCCUGAUUUUACCCCGCCAUCAGAAGGUGGAAAUGGCAUGUCCACUGGUGCAGUGGUUGGGAUUGUGGCUGCUGUAGCUUUUGUUAUUAUCUUGCUUCUAGGUAUCCUUUGGUGGAGAGGCAGCCUAAAAGGCAAAGAUACAAGGGAUGAAGGUGGGGUAAAUGACUAUUUUGUCCCCGGUAUUUAAAUGACCAUUUUGCCCCUGUUUAUUCUGAAUGGAAUUGCGCCUCCAUUUCGUUAA